AUGAAUAGACAAGAAAUAGAAGCUAUGCUGGAAUCAAAUUCGGACUCAUAUUCGGAAGAUUACGACGAUACUGACGCUGAUCCAAACUGGUCCUCGGAAAGUGAACCGGACCAAAACAUUUACGAACGUGAAUUAUUGGAUAAUUGUAACGUAACUAUUAAUACGAUUGGUAAUAAUUGGAAUAACAAUUUUUCUAAUGGACAGCUAAAUAGUCAUAUAAUUUUUAAUCCUGAUGUAAAUACUACUGGAAUAAAUCCAGAUAUAAUUGAAACUAUGUCUGAUGCCAGUCCUAUCGACUUUUUUUAUCUUUUUUUUGACAAAGAAAUUAUUGACAUGUUAGUCGUUGAAACAAACAGGUAUGCUAAUGCUAAAAAAAACACAGCAGGCUUAUCUCGACAUGCUAGAAUUAGAAAAUGGGUCGACACAAAUGAGCAGGAAAUUAAACUCUUUUUUGGUAUUGCUAUGUGGAUGGGCAUGAUGAAACUGCCAUCAAUUGCUUACUAUUGGAAAAAUUCUAAAUUAUAUUCUUGCAAUAUUUCAAAAUUUAUGUCCCGAAACAGGUUUGAAAUUAUUUUAAGUAUGUUACACAUUUCUGAUAAUGACAAAGCUCCUACUAAUGAUAGAUUAUACAAAAUCCAAAUAUUGAUUGAUUUACUCGUCGAAAAGUUCAAUAGUGCAGUAAUUCCUGAAGAGUCAGUUUGUAUCGAUGAGUCUAUGGUCCCUUACUUGGGUCGAUUAUCGUUUCGGAAGUAUAUUUCUAAUAAACGUCAUCGUUAUGGAGUCAAAAUCUUUAAGCUGUGUACACGGGACUUUUAUACGUCAAAAUAUAAAAUAUAUGCAGGAAAAGAAGCGACAAUGGGUGAUUCAGUUUCAUGUAAAGUAGUAAUGGAACUAAUGGAACCAUAUCUCGAUUUCGGUAGAACAUUGUAUGCAGAUAAUUGGUAUAACUCCAUUGACUUAGCGGAAAAAUUAUUGCAACAGAAAACACACUUAGUAGGAACUCUUAGAUCAAAUAGAAAAAGAAAUCCUAAUAGAUGUAACACAAAAAAAACUUAA